AUUAGACAAAAGAGAGAGAGAGAGAUUAUUUUCUUCCUUCAAAGAAGUUUCAGUUUGAGCCUAUGUAUGGCAUAUUAGGUAGAUGAUCCACCAGCUAUAACAAAGAGAGAGAAAGAGAGAGAGCUGAGCCCAGUUCUGUGGUUUAGAUUCAUCAUCAAAAAAGAAUCUGAAAGUUUUAAUCUUUUUACUUAAAAUAGAAAUAGUUUUCUUAAAAAUAGGAGUAGGGAGGAGGGAUCAAUGGGGAAACACAAAUCAUUGAGAAGCAAAGCAGUUCACUUUGUCACCGAUCUCACCACCGGUCUCCUUAAUCCCAUCUCUGAUAAACCUUCCUCUGCUCCUCCUCCUCCUCCACCGGAAGAGGAAGAUGAGUCACAGAGGGAUCAACUAGAGUCAAUCACUAAAGAGCAGUCCAAGGAUUUGGUAGACGAACCAGACACUUCUUCUUUCUCUGCAUUCCUUGGCUCACUCUUAUCCUCACACCCCAAGGACAAACAAACCAUCCAGGAUCAAGAAGACAAAGAAGAAGAAGAAGAUUCAGAGGCUGAAACAAGUGAUACAUCUUCAUCAUCAUCCUCAGAGCACACUAGUACAAUGAAGGAAACUGUUGCUACAACUACUACUACAAAGAAGAGCUUGUUCUCUAAAUAUAAGCAGCAUUUGAAGAAUUUUUACCAGGCUGUUAAGUUCUCAAAGGAGAGAAAGGGAAAUGCUGCUGAGGUUAAAACUGAUGAUGAAGAGACUACUCAAUGUGAUGGCUUGGAGAUGAAGCAGGUGAUGAUGCAGAAAAAAGAGGAAGUACAAGCAAUUAUUAUACCUGAAACUUCGGAGCCUUCUUUACUAUUAACGGACCAGUCAAGACGUUCCCUUUAUACUUCACUUCCUGCUCUUGUUCAAGGCAGGAAAUGGAUUUUGCUUUAUAGUACAUGGAGGCAUGGUAUAUCAUUAUCAACAUUGUACAGGAAAAGCCUCCUCUGGCCUGGUCUCAGUUUACUGGUUGUUGGAGAUAGAAAGGGUUCGGUUUUUGGUGGACUUGUCGAGGCACCUUUGAUACCAACAGAUAAGAAGUAUCAGGGAACCAACAGUACAUUUGUUUUCACUGAUAAGUCUGGACAACCCACUAUAUACCGUCCCACAGGAGCAAAUAGGUUUUACACAUUAUGCUCUAAGGACUUUCUGGCUCUCGGUGGUGGUGGACGGUUUGCUCUCUAUCUAGACAGUGAGCUGCUAAGCGGAUCAAGUGCUUACUCGGAGACAUACGGGAACACUUGUCUUGCAACCUCUCAGGACUUUGAUGUUAAGGAAGUGGAGCUGUGGGGAUUUGUGUAUGGCUCAAAGUAUGAUGAGAUUCUAGCUCUCAGCAAAACUACAGAGUCUGGUGUAUGCAGGUGGGGAUGAUCAUGAUGAAUGAAUGAAGAUUAUGCAAUGGUAUUAAAAAAAAGUGAGUGAUCUCUUUUGUAAAUGUGUAGCUAUAUAAAAUGUUGUGUUCUUAUCUUAUUAUGGUAAUAUUCACAUCUCAAAUACAACUCACUUGUAACCAAGAAACUUUUUUUUCUUGUUGUUGUAAUGAUUUUGGAAUGAAAUAUGAAUCUAAUUAAGC